AAAGUUCCACAACACGUGGUACUUGAAUAAAAAACCAUGGAGGAUGAAGUUGAUUGAAGAGGUUGCUGUAUUUUUGUGUUCUGAUUUACCCAAAUAUCACAGCUGUUAGUUUGGCUAGAUCAUUGCGUGUCUUGGGAAGAAUUUAGGCAGUAUAUUUACUCUAGUGUGACAGGUUCUAGAACUCAGUGGCGGUGUUUUGGAGCGGCUCGAGGAGGAGCAGCAGCGAUGGAGGGGUUCGGGACUAUAACCUUCCCCAUGUUAGCAGACGAAGAAGAGAGCUGCAGUGCCUCUGCUGUACCAAGUAACGGUAGCUCUUACAGCACUCCACUGCAGGGUGUUUUCGUUAAAGAGUGCAUGGCCUCUGCAUCAGAAGACCGUAUGGCGUCCCUGUGCCAGAGUCAGCAGCAGUGUGUGAAGGCCUCCAUCGUGUCCAGCUGGCAGCUGGUGGAGGCUCAGGACCAGCUGUGUGGGCUGGAGCUGCACGGCUCCGAAAGUGUUGAGCAGGAGCAUGCCCGCGCCAUUGCCAGCCAAUCAGAGCUCUCCCAGACGGAACAAGAGUGGCGCCGGAAGGAGAACAUGCUGGGAGGCAGCAGGAGCCCUGUGCUCAGUGCUGACAGCAGCCAGGAUGUGUUUGACAAGAGUAUUAUUAAUUCAAGAAGUAAAAACGUUGAAUUGGAGGAUCAUGACCAGAGCAAAACCUUUGUUCAGAAGUAUGAACAGGAAUUUAGAUAUUUCGGCAUGUUGCGGAGGUGGGAUGACAGCCAGCGGUUCCUGUCUGACCUGCCUCACCUCGUCUGUGAGGAGACUGCCAACUACCUGAUCCUCUGGUGCUUCAGACUACAGGCUGAAGAGAAAGAGGCGUUGAUGGAGCAGGUAGCUCACCAGGCUGUUGUUAUGCAGUUUAUCCUGGAGAUGGCCAGCACCUCCCAGCAGGACCCCAGAGGCUGCUUCCGCCACUUCUUCCACAAAGCCAAAGCAGGACAAGAGGGGUACUUGGAUGUAUUCCAUACUGAGCUAGAGGCCUUUAAGCAGAGGGUAAAAGAGCACACUGUCAAGUGCAAAGGAGAGACACUCCCUAACUUUACAGAGCACCAGAGCAGCACAGCACGCUGUCGCCCGGACCCCAGAGAAGUUCUAGAAUCCUUACCCCCUGAACUGAAGUCAGGAUUCCAGCUGCAAGACAUGCAGAUUCUCCAGAAUGUUCUCAGCACCAUGAAUCCACAGGUGGCAGAGUACCAUGUAAAGCGCUGUCUGGAGGCUGGCUUGUGGACCAACCGAGAAGGGAGAUGGUCCAAGGAGGACGCUACUUUAGAAACAGACGAUCUGCGCAUGAUGGAGACAUAACGAAUGUCUCCACCUCCCCGUCAUUUCCCCAUCAGUUCAUGACACUCAAUAGAAAUAUUACAAAAUGGACGGGAGAAGGGCUGAGCUCCCACAGACUUAUUUUUGCCGCAGAAUCUGCGCUGGAAUGUGUCCUGCACUUUAUAUUUUGUUCAAAACAACAAA